UCCAAUGCGCGCUCAUUAUCCAGCAAAUGACGAUUGGCUCUUACAUCCACUGCUCCUGGUGGAAAGAAGCCGAGUCACACCGCCACACACUUCUUCUGAGACGGAAUCAACCUCUACUUCACUUGUUAUCGACUGCGAUUUGUUGGCACAGCGUAUUAUUGCUCAUCAAAACUGCUCAGAGGCACAGAAAUGCCGAGCGCUUCUCCUUCUCCCGACUCCUCCUUGCAAGAGACUAACGUUCAGCAGCAGAUACCCUGUACCCAGUAUCAGCAGUCUGUUCGACACUGUAAACACACGGUGUGAGCUUCUCUCACAUCAUAUGGCCUUUUAUUUUCAUUUGCGCCAACUUUUUGCUCCUAUAGCUGUUGUGAUUUCUCAUAUUUUUCUUAAUUAAUCCUGGUUACACUCAUCCUUCGUGUUCUUUGACGUCACCAAUUGGUGUGCACAUGCGCUCAUUAGUUAAACCGCCGCCAUAUUUGUAGACAAACAAGCAUCAGUCGUUCGUUGAUUUUCUGUUUAUUUGUUACUGUUUUACAUUGUUGUUAUAGUUGAUUGUUUAGUGGACGUUGUUGUUAUGUCGAGCUUGUACAGGGAUUCUCUGGAAUCGGAUGUACAGCGCCGCUAUGACGAGAAAAUUAGGGAUAUCGGCGGAUUGGAUCCAUAUUGCAUUGCAAAGAAAGACCUAGACAAAGACAAGAAAUCCUGGCCUCAUGUAACCACCGUUGAUCUAGUGGACUUUUUGAUAUUUAGGAAGUCUUACUAUACAACAGAUGAACUCCGAAGCUACAAAUCUCUGGAGGCAUAUAAACUUUUCCAGGACGGAUGGAUCAAGGAAAUCCUGCACAAAGAAAUCAACUCAUUUCAUCUCCUCAAAGCUAAGGUCUAUCAUUCAAUGCGUAUCAGGGAGAAACCGUUGGAGCCCUGGGUGAUUGUUAGCAACAAAGGGGACAUAAGGAGUGGUCACUGCACCUGCAUGGCUGGACUGGGGGAAGCCUGUAGCCAUAUAGCCACUUUGUUGUUUGCAGCAGAAACUUGGACGAAAAUCAGACAAGAGGCAUCAGUUACAGAUGUGCCUGCAUACUGGAUGAUGCCGUCAUCAACUCAGUUGGAGCACCCGCACAAACGGAUAAGGAAUAUAGACUUUCAGUCAGCGUCCAAAAAAAGGAAAACCAGCGAAACUUGCACAAAUGAGCCCAACAUGAACAACUUCUCUUCUCCAACUAAACAGGAAAUGGCAAGUGCAUACCAGCGCCUGCACCGAAAUGGAAAAGGGGCUGCAGUUUUAGCAACCACAGAAGGAUAUGCUCAACACUUUGAGCCCAAGACCGUUACAGGAGACUGGCCCAUUGACAUGAAAACUGUCCAUAAAGCAGAUCUCCUAGAUGCCGAAUUAGAUGAUGUGUUGACACAUGUAGAUAGCGUAGACAUUAGUGUCACUUCAGCUCAAGCUGCAUUCGUAGAGGCAGAGACACGCAACCAGGCCAGGUCUAAAAAGUGGCAGAAAUACAGGGUUGGCCGCAUCACAGCCUCCAAAACUUAUCAAGUGACUCACACCAGCACUGAAACACCAUCAAAGUCGAUUUACAAGUCAAUCUGCCAGCCAUUGCAGGUCAGCAGUGCAGCACUGGAGUGGGGAAAGAAGAAGGAGCCGGUAGCUAAGAAGGAUUAUCUCAGUUUGGCACGGAAUAACCACCAGGGUUUUUCAAUGCAUGAAAGUGGUCUUUUGCUGAACCCGGACUAUCCAGAAUUUGGAGCGUCUCCAGACGGCCUCAUCAACUGUUCUUGCUGCGGCUCUGGGGUGUUAGAAAUUAAAUGCCCCUACAACAUGAGGGACAGCGGUACUAUUGAAAUGCCUUAUUUGGUAAAUGGAAAAUUGAAAAGGGAAUCUGCAUAUUAUUAUCAAGUACAGACACAGUUGUUCAUGGCAGACCGCCAGUAUUGUGAUUUUUUUGUAUGGAGCCCUUUUGCCCAUCAUCUGGAAAGAAUUUACCAAGAUAAAGAACUGUGGUCCAUCAUCUGUCAUAAGGGGCAGGAAUUUCAUAGAAAUGUAAUUAUGCCAGAGUUGGUAUGUGGGUUUUUUUCCCGCAGGAUAUCCACCAAGGAAUUGCCCACAUAUUGUGUUUGUGGUGGUGUCGAUGAUGGCCGUCGAAUGAUAGCCUGUGACGAUGACAGUUGUGACAUUGUUUGGUACCACAUGUCAUGUAUUAAUAUGAAAAGGGCCCCUGGAAAGGGGAAGAAAUGGUAUUGCAGCAAAUGCACUUAGGAAUCCCAAAUAAAAUUGUCAUUAUUUUCCUAACUCUGAAUGUAUAACAGUAUCAGUCUCAACAUGGGUGUCUCAUGUUGUUGUGAUGAAGGGUGCAAUAAUUAUUGUUUCUAAGGUUGCCGUAAAAGAGUGGUGCUAUGUUUAAUUUUUGUGCCUUUUUGUAUAUAAGAUGACCAUUUUCCCAAUGUUUUUUUUUCUUAUUCCAAAUAUAUAACAGUAUCAGAAUACAGUAUCGGUCUCAACAUGGGUGUCUCAUGUUGUUGUGAUGAAGGGUGCAAUAAUUAUUGUUUCUAAGGUUGCCAUAAAAGAGUGGUGCUAUAUUUAAUUUUUGUGCCUUUUUGUAUAUAAGGUGACCAUUUUCCCAAUGUUUUUUUUUUUCUUAUUCCAAAUAUAUAACAGUAUCAGAAUACAGUAUCAGUCUCAACAUGGGUGUCUCAUGUUGUUGUGAUGAAGGGUGCAAUAAUUAUUGUUUCUAAGGUUGCCGUAAAAGAGUGGUGCUAUAUUUAAUUUUUGUGCCUUUUUGUAUAUAAGAUGACCA